UUCGUGCUCUCACCGCGUCGUGAAAGAUUUCUUUCGCGAACAUGAGGCGAACCUUACGUGUGUGUGUUGUGUUAGUGUUUGCGACAGCGCAAACCACGGCACUCGACUCGAGGUUCUAUCUUUUUACCAGAGAAAAUCGAAGUAGAUAUAUCGAAAUAAACCGCGACAACGCCAAGAGCCACAUUAAAGACGACACUCAAUUAAGAUUUGUGAUACACGGCUGGUCGGAAAGUCGAACCACUAACUGGUACGAAGACUUAACGAAUGCUCUAAUGUCGCGCUACAAUUGCGACGUCGUCCAAGUAGAUUAUGCCAAAGUAGCCUCAGAACCGUACCCCAUAGCGGUCAAGAGUUCAGUCCGAAUUGGUGAGGAAAUUGGCAGUUUUAUUGUAUUUUUGACGACACAAGGCGUUUCGUUGCAAAAUAUUCUACUCGUCGGUCACUCCCUCGGUGGACAAGUUUCGGGAUACGCCGGCGAAUACAUCUUCAGAAAAACGUCAAAAAAGUUGCCGCAGAUAACUGCACUUGAUCCUGCUGGACCUUUGUUUCAGGGAUUCUUCAACAUAAACGGGAAAAGUCUAAAUAAAAACGACGCAGAAGUCGUUUACGUUAUUCACACGGAUAAGAGUUUAUUCGGUCAGCGUUCAACAUGUGGUACUGUCGACGUUUUUCCAAACGGUGGAAGCGAUCAGCCGGGGUGUCCUGAAAAAGAUGACCACUGGUUUUGCAGCCAUCAUCGGAGUUUCUGGUACUAUAUUGCCGCAGUGGAAAAUCCCAACACUCUCGUGGCCGUGAAAUGCGAAUCUUAUGACGAUUUUUUGGCAGGAAAAUGUGCGAACAAGCGAAAGAUUGACAUUGGAGGAGACCUUACGCAGGCCGACAGGGGACAGUACUUCCUCAAGAUAUCAGCGGAAAAGCCAUACAGGCUAGUAUGAUAAACCGAUUUAU